CUCUCUCUCUCUCCUGCAUGCCUUUGAUCGCAGGGGUUGGAAAAAGGCAGCUGUCGCGUGCAUGCCCCCUCAUACAGAGCAGAACAAACGCUAUAUACAUGUGCUUGUGAAACUCAAUUGGAGCAUAAUAAUUAUAAUAUCAUUAAUGCAGCUGGACGUCUGAUCCACUGUCACUUCUUAACAUGUGGAAUAUCUGUGGUGUCCUGAUCGCCUGGGCUCUGCUGCUGCAUGUCCGAGCCCAGUCUCAAACCAGACAGACAUUCGCAUGUGGUGGGAAUAUAACAGGAGAGUCGGGUGUUAUCGGCAGUCAGGGUUAUCCUGGAGUCUAUCCACCCAACACCAAAUGUGUGUGGAGAAUUACAGUUCCAGAUGGCAAAGUGGUUGUCCUGUCAUUCAGGUCCCUUGAUUUAGAGAGUGACAACCUGUGCAGGUACGAUUAUGUGGAUUUUUACAGUGGUCACGCCAAUGUCCAGCGUCUCGGCCGCUUCUGCGGGACGUUUAGACCAGGAGCUCUUGUUUCCACAAGCAACAAGAUGCUUCUACAGAUGGUGUCUGAUGCUAACACAGCUGGCAGCGGUUUUCUGGCUGUGUACUCCGCUGCCUACCCACAUGAACGAGGGGAUCAGUACUGCGGUGGCAGAUUAGUGAAGCCAAUGGGAACCUUCAAGACCCCUAACUGGCCAUAUAAAGACUAUCCCGCCGGAGUCACGUGUUCCUGGCAUAUAGUGGCCCCAAAAAAACAGAUCAUUGAGGUGAAAUUUGAGAAAUUCGAUGUGGAGAGGGACAACUACUGCCGUUACGAUUACGUCGCCAUUUUUAACGGAGGAGAAAUCAACGACUCCAAAAGAAUUGGGAAAUACUGUGGAGACAGUCCACCAGCGCCUGUGCUUUCCGAGGGGAAUCAGCUCUUCAUACAGUUUCUCUCCGAUCUCAGUUUAACAGCAGAUGGUUUUAUUGGUCAUUACAAAUUUAGACCAAAAAAGUUUCCCACCACAACUGUCCCACCGACCACAACAGCCCCGCCCACUACCACCAGACCCAUACGUAAGUAGUGGUUGGUGAGUUUAAUGUUAGUCUACAGCACACGCGUUCCCUUAGGGUUUGAUGUAAAUGACACAUUAAACGUUCCUGCUGAAUAGACCGGUUUACACCAACAUGGAUUUCAAUGUCACGUGACAUUUUUGGCUCACGUGAUUGGCACAAAUGUGCUCAUGAUAUACACAAUUUAAGUAACCCAAGCCAAAAAUGUUCUAAUCUGAACAAUCUUUUACUCACAAUCGUACCGUUUCGCUUCCCCUGGAGUC